CCAGGGUGCUGGAGGGGCUGAGGUUCCAGCGUCUCGCUGUCCAGAUCUGGUGCUGCUGGGCUCUCCGUGGGAUUUGGGAGCCUCCUUUGCUUCGGGGGGCGAGUUCGUGCAGGAGGCGUCCUCAAAUUUAAUUUUCCCUGAGGUGCCAGGGAGUCUGUCAUCCCGCUCCACGAGGGCCAAACGUACCAUCGCUCAGCUUCUCACCACUUCUGCUACACCAACACACGUGUCCCGCAAUGGCACGACAUCUGGACCAGGAUGCAGAUCCGGGUCAACAGCAGCCGGAUGAUCCGAGUCACCCAGGUGGACAGCGAGGAGGAGCUGGAGGAGUUCAACAUGUGGAACGUGGUUUUCUCCUUCCUGAAGGAGAAGCUGAACGACACAGUCAUCGAUGUGGAUCUCUACAGCAACAAAACCUGCCUGAAGGUCGAGCUGCUGGAGGCCGGCACCACGUACUGCAUCGUCCUCUUCCGACGCUUUGACCCUAAGCUGUUCCUGGUUUUCUUCCUGGGUCUGUUGUUGUUCUUCUGUGGGGACAUGCUGAGCAGGAGCCAACUCUUCUACUACUCGGCCGGGGUUAGUUUUGGCUUGCUGGCCUCGCUGCUCAUCCUCGUCUACAUGAUGUCCAAGGUCAUGCCUAAGAAAAGUCCUGUUUACUUCCUGCUGGUCGGAGGCUGGUCCUUUUCCCUGUACCUGCUUCAGCUGAUCUUCAAGAACCUACGGGAGAUCUGCAAGUCCUACUGGCAGUACCUGCUAGGCUACCUGCUGGUCGCGGGCUUUGUGAGCUUCGGCGUGUGCUACAGGUACGGCCCGCUGGAGAACGAGCGCAGCAUCAACCUCCUCUCCUGGGUCCUGCAGCUCCUGGGCCUGUUGCUGAUGUACUCAGGCAUCCAGAUCCAUCCCAUCUCCUUGGCCUUGGUGCUCAUCGCCGUCUGCACCAAGAACCUGGACUACCCCCUGCAGUGGGCCUUCGCUGCCUACAGGAGAGUGCAGAGUGCCAGGCUCGGGCCAAGCCCCCCUCGCCUGCUGACGGAGGAGGAGUACCGGCUCCAGGGCGAGGUGGAGACGCGCAAGGCCCUUGAGGAGCUUCGAAGUUACUGCAGAAGCCCGGAUUUCUCCGCCUGGACUGUCGUCUCCCGCAUCCAGUCUCCCAAGAGGUUUGCUGACUUUGUGGGUGGUGCCUGUCAUGUCACCCACAACGAGGUCUCUGUCCAUGAGCAGGAGUACGGCCUGGGUGGCAUCUUCUUUGAGGAGCAGCUCUUCGAGGAGGAGGAUGAUGAUGAUGAUGACAACUCCUUUGAUGGGACAUACAUGAGUUAUUCCCACAACCACAUGGAUGCUGAUUGAGGUCAGCUGCCCCGGACCCACGGGGGCGAGGGGCAGAACUGCUGCUGCUUCCCCACUGCCCUGAUGCCUGCGGAGAGCACAAAGCCCCGUUUGCCGGGGAGAGCUGGCACGUCUGCUCCCAGCCCCCCCGACCCCUCCCUGGCCUGGGCUGCUGUGGACUCUGCAGUAGAGCCUGGUGGGAGGACAAGGGGGGGGCUGACACCCUCAUCUUCCCCAGGCAGCUCCUGCUAGGGUAAGGCGUGAAAGCUUUUUGUCAGCACAGCCCUGGGUGUUGGCAGGGGAGGCGCGGGGAGCUGGUCCCAGCUGGGGACCGCGGGGCAGGCGAGGUCUGCGCUGCUGACAAGGCGUGGGACGCUGGUGCGGUCUGAAGGUGGACUGGAGCCACCCCGACUUCUGGUGUGGGUGCUUGUGAGCUCCCAGUGCCUGAAUCGUAGGGGCAGGGACCUCCCCCCCUCCCAGGCCUGGGCGCUGAUCUGGCUCCUGUGAGCACCCCGAGCCCCGUCCCCCUGCUGUGGCUGGCAGAUGGGAGCCCCUCUUCCCCGCCCCGCUGCCUCUGGGCUGCCAGGCACCCUGGGCUCUGCCGGGAGCACCUCUGCCUGCUGGGGUGGAGACAGAGCAAAAGGUCUGUCUUGGUGCAGAUGCCUGGGAGGGUGAUGUUCACGAGAGGAACUUUGGACCUGUCCCACCGGUACCUGCGUGCUCAGCAUCUGCCUGCUGUGGGGAGGGAGCAGGCAGCGGGCAACCUCCUCCUGCUGUUACCAAAGAUGCCAGAGGGCUCCAGCUGGUUGGGCUGUGCCUCUGCCUUGGCUUAAAUCCUGUGUGGAUACCAAAACCCCCACCGCCUCCCUGGUGGAGACGCGGCUCAGCUGGCCCCCGCCGUGUGCAUGUCGCAGAGCUCGGGAGAAGGCCUUGAAGUCUGCUCGGUGCCCCCUGCGCUCGCCCCUCUCCCCCAGCUGCUGUGAUGAGGUGACGGCCGUGCUCAGCCUCCCUCUCCCUGUGCCUCUGUCUGCCAGGUGCUCCCUGGGCUGAGGAUGAGUGUGGAUGCUCUUCUUCCUCCCCACCUUGCUGGCAGCUCCCUGUCCCCUUGAAGCUGGUGCCCUCUGCCCUUAACUUGCUGUUACGUGGGGCCCUGUCCCCGCUGUGCUCCGGGCUGGUGUGGGCAGGGGGUGGCGAUGGCCCUGCCUGCGUCCCCACACUGGGGAGGGGGCUCUGCUCCCCGGCAGCCAACUCAGCGCCGCCGCUCCUCAGCCUUGCCGAAGCACAGAGCUGGGGGGGACGCCCCGAUCUAUGCACCUUCCUAAGCAAUAAAGCUGCGCUCCGGCAGCCUUGCUGCCCUCCGGCUGCUCUGCUGCCCGGCGCCGGGGCUGCCACAGCCCAGCCCCUACCUCGCCCGCGCCGCUGCCGGAGCUUUUGCUGUUGGUUUGUUUCUGUCCCAGGUUCAAUCCCCUGUUGUUGCUGCGCUUUCCUCCCUGCUCUGGAGUGAGCAGCCUGUUACUGCGUCCCGCUGUCCCCUCUCUGUGGUUAGUGACUGAUUAUAUUUUUAAUAAAGAUGUAUUUUGUAGGUAAUGAGCCUCCUUUGUCCAUCCCGCAGCGACCCCAUCCUCGGCUCUGGCCUCUCCUCGACUCUGGCGGGAGCUCGCUCUGCCGAGGAUGCUGCGUGGUGCUCGGGGGACAAAGAGCAGCCCCCCCGGGUGACGGGUUCCCUGCAGCAGCCCCAGAGCAAAGGCAGGGCUGGCCGUAGCCGCAGGGCUGGCCGUAGCCCCAUGUCUCACCCCGGCCGCGGUGAGGGCAGGUGGCUGCUCCCCAGCAGCAGCCCUGGGCGCCCCCGGCUCCCCCAGCCCCCUUCCUUCUACUUUCUUUUCUUUCUUCUGUACCUUGCCCUGGUUUCCCGCAGCCCUGGGAGGAAGCUCCCUUUGUUUGUUUGGCUGCAAGUGAUUUUUCUGUGCUUGUUCCUGUUACGAGCUGCCGGCGCGGGGA